AUGAACAAAGCAACACCUAAUAAGAUACUUGAUAACACCGAUUUGAUCACGAACCCUAAAAAAAUCGCGAACAUUUUCAACUCCCAUUUCUCCCAAAUUGCCAACACUGUUAUCAAAGAAUCUGCACAUCACCAACCUAAUUUCGAUGCCUUGCGUAAUUUUGUGGACACUCGACUUUGCAAAGACCACCAAUUCACAAUUCCGCCUAUGACUGCUGAAUAUCUAUUCAACGAGAUCAACAACCUGUCAUGUCACAAGGCAAAGGGAAUUGAUGCCAUCAACGUCCAUCUUCUUAAGAUCGGCUGCAAUGAUCUCCUUCCAUCGCUUCUGUACCUCUACAACUCCAGCAUAACCUCAGGCAUCUUUCCAGACCAGUGGAAAAUUAGCAAAAUUACGCCGAUUUUUAAGAAGGGUUCACGCCAAGACAAAGAUAACUAUAGACCAAUCUCUGUAUUGUCAGUACUGUCAAAAAUCGUGGAACGCUAUUACGGAUUACAUCUCAUAAGCUAUCUUAACGAAAACAACUUACUUACAAGCUCACAAUUUGGAUCACGGCCCCUUCAUUCCUGUGAAACAAUGUUACUGCAACUUACAAACACGUUACUUCAUAGCAUGGACAAAGGUGAACUAAGUGGAAUACUCCUAGUAGAUUUCCGGAAAGCUUUUGACCUGAUAAACCAUGAACUUCUCCUACAGAAACUUGCUAUCUACGGACUUAAAGACGAAACACUACAAUGGUUCAGAUCCUACCUGACAGAACGGAAACAACUCGUCUCAAUUGCCCACUCAACCUCAGAUCUCUUACCAGUUCGCAGUGGCGUCCCGCAAGGUUCAUCUCUUGGGCCUCUCCUCUUCAUCCUGUUUAUCAAUGACAUCCCUCUUGCAAAUACUCAAUGCAAUACCUAUAUCUAUGUUGAUGAAACUACUUUAGCCAAUUCUGGACCAACAAUCAAUACGGUACGAACACACUUGCAAUCUGGAGCUGACAACCUCGCUACCUGGGCAUCUGAGAAUAGAAUGGCAAUACAUCCUGACAAGACCAAAGUUUUGCUAGUUGGAACGAAGAGAAAACUCGUGACCAUAUCUGAGCCUCUUAACAUCUCCAUUUGUGGCACCACCCUAUCCCAAUCAUCUUCCGGAAAACUUCUUGGAAUACACAUGGAUGAUUGCCUAAGUUGGAAUGAACACAUCUCUGCUGUUAUAAAGAAAUUCAAUACCAAACUAGAACUAGUUAAACGUGCUAAACCUUACUUAACACCUGAACUUUUACUUGUCUUAUACAACAGUUUGGCCAAGCCUACUCUAGAAUAUUGCUGCAGUGUGUGGGGUAACUGUUCUGGGGAUGCGCUUAGUCAAUUAACCUCCGCCCAAAAAAGAGCUGCAAGAAUUCUCGUGAACGCGGACUACACUACUCAUAGAUAUCUCAUAUGA